GAUAUUGUGAAACGUAUGCGGCCAGGGGAUCUGCUCAUGGUGGCCGGUGAUCACGGUAUGACAGCCUCAGGGAACCACGGGGGAGACAGUGUCCUGGAGUUGGACGCCGCAUUGCUCGUAUAUCCUAGCCGUGCAAAACUGUCAACCCGUGUGCCAAAUGCGACCGUCCACGCCGAUCCUCGAAUGGCUCAGAUCGAUUUGGUUCCCACACUGGCUUGUCUGACAGGAGUUCCAAUACCGUAUUCGAAUCUGGGCGUACUCGUCCACGAGCUCGUGCCGUUCGAGGAGACGUAUCGGGCGUGUUUAGUGGAAAAUAUGGUUCAGGUGGGUGGUAGUGCCGUGCUGUUUUAUUAG